AUGUGCAUCCGAAUCGUCUUCCUCUGUCCUUCCUGCCGAGCUCCUUCGGGCCAGACGACCACGUUGCGGUUGCAUGGUCCCAGCUGCUGGGACCGCGUCCUCGUCGAGCGGCUCAUGCAGUCCCAGCACUUCCAUCCCGGCUGGUACUGCACGACUCCGGACUGCGGUUACAGCAGGGAUAGCCAGGAGCGCGAUGCCAAGGAGAUAAAGCAGAUUCGAUUGAAUCAGGCGCGAAACGACACGAGCAGCGACGCCGACGACGAACUGUACGACACGGAUGAUGAGAGAGAUGAGGCGAUGGAGGACUGCGAGGCAGACACGGACACAAAACCUGCCAAUGCGGAGUCCGGGGGCCUUGUCAACCUACAGCCCGGCCCUUCAAUUUAUUAUCCAUCUGCGAAACCGUGUGUGAAGAGGCGUCAUAAUAACAGUAAGGGUGGCAGCUACCCUGUCAAGACCGAACCCGCGGAUCCAACGACACGUCCCCUGGGCCGAGGGCUCGGUACCCUUCACCAUGGAGCAAAGGGGGUUCGGCGAGACAACCUUGGCACCGCCCGGCCACGACACCGAGGCAGUCGCAUGCCGGUCGGCCUUGACAGCCCGACGAGAGACCGCAUCGGCAAACUGCUUUCGAGAAUUGUGCUCCAUGCGGACGCCCAUCCGGAGAAGUCGAAGUGGCUCGAGGAAGAAGAGGAGCUCCUGGAAAUCCUCCGCGCCCACAAAGUGUCGUACCGUCAAAUUGCCGAGCUGCGAGUGGUAGAGUACAUCAAAUAA